UUUCUCAGAUUUGCAAUCAAUGUGUUUGUGAACAGUGAUGUCUAACAGACCCAUGCUAUUGAAAAUUCUUCUGACAAUCAAGCUGGAUCUCAUCAGGUUUGCAACAAUGGUAAAGGAGGAUAUUCUAAAUGACAAUGAAGAUUCUGAGCCAACAGUGUGUGACACAAAUGGGAUUCCCAUGCAUGGACAAAGUGAGGAGGGAGCACCAGUAGAGGCCAAAGGUACUGAUGGGAAUAUACAAACAGAAGAAACUGCUCUCUUGAAUCACUGUGUUCAGCAGCCUCCAGAACCAACAGCAGGGUCUUCAACACCUGCAAGAACAUGGAGGCAAAUAUGUACCUGUCCUCCACAGGAUUUACUGGCCCAAACAGUAACGAAUGUUGCAAUGGUGGCCCUGGUCUGGGCUGUGGUGUGGUCCAUCACUGGUAGUGAGUGUCUCCCAGGUGGAAAUCUUUUUGGAAUUCUGUUUCUGUAUUUUUUUGCUGUCGUUGGAGGCAAAAUUUUUGGAUUCGUUAAAAUAGGCACAUUGCCUCCUCUCCCUGCUCUUCUGGGGAUGCUGCUUGCUGGUUUCCUCAUCCGAAACAUCCCAUUGAUUAGUGACAUUGUCCAGAUAAACCUACGUUGGUCUGCAGCACUGAGGAAUAUCGCACUCUCCAUCAUCUUGACCCGAGCUGGACUUGGCCUGGAUCCAAAGGCGCUUAAGAAGCUCAAAGCAGUCUGUUUACGGCUUUCCUUUGGACCCUGCCUCUCAGAAACAUGCACAGCUGCUGUUCUUGCUUACUUGUUCAUGCAUUUGCCAUGGCAAUGGGGAUUUAUAUUAGGUUUUGUUCUAGGUGCAGUCUCCCCCGCUGUGGUGGUUCCUUCAAUGCUGAUUUUACAAGCUGGGGGACAUGGGGUGGCCAAAGGUGUCCCAACUUUGCUAAUGGCAGCUGGCAGUAUUGAUGACAUUCUGGCUAUUACAGGCUUCAACACUUGCCUUGGGAUGGCUUUCUCUUCCGGUUCUACUUGGUACAACAUGUUCCAUGGCGUGCUGGAGGUUGCUGUUGGUAUAGCAGCUGGGGGAAUUCUGGGAAUGUUUGUUCGAUAUUUCCCAAGCCAUGAUCAGGCAUCUCUGGCAUGGAAGAGAUCAUAUUUUGUGCUUGGGCUGUCCAUGUUUGCUAUUUUUGGCAGCAUCUACUUUGGUUUCCCUGGAUCAGGAGGGCUCUGCACAUUAGUCUUGGCUUUUGUGGCAGGUGUGGGAUGGUCUGAUGAAAAGAGGGAAGUAGAAAAAAUUAUUGCAGUUGCAUGGAAUAUCUUUCAGCCUUUCCUUUUUGGUUUAAUUGGAGCAGAAGUAUCAGUUACGUCUCUUAGGCCUGAAACUGUUGGGCUGUGUGUGGCCACAUUAGGCAUUGCCCUAGUUGUGCGAAUCAUGGCGACGUUCCUGAUGGUGUGUUUUGCUGGGUUCAAUUUCAAGGAGAAAGUAUUCAUUGCAUUGGCAUGGAUUCCCAAAGCCACUGUCCAGGCUGCAAUAGGUUCCCUUGCCCUGGAUACAGCAAGAAGACAUCAGGAUGAGCAACUAGAAAAGUAUGGCAUGGACGUACUAACAGUGGCUUUCCUGGCUAUCUUGACCACUGCUCCAAUUGGAGCCCUGGUUAUUGGCUUGGCAGGGCCCAGACUUUUGCAGAAGGCUCAGACAAAUGGCAAGGCGGAUGAGGAAGGUGCUGAGGUUGGAGAAGAGGCAGAGGCUUGUGAUGCUUCGUAAGACAGACAUCUAUGGGAAUGUGGUCCUUACGCUUCUGCUGAGUAAACACAGCAUGUCUGUAAUCUUUCCGAAGGGAACCAAAACAAGUGUCAGCUUUGUCUGCUAUUUUAAAUCAACCCUGGGGGAGUUGCAUAAAAUAUUUUUCUGUGUUGAUGGUGCUUUAAAAGAUGAAAGAACUGAACAUACGGUGAACAGGCUGGCCAGGCAGUGAGUCACUGAGAAGUUAGCAGUCAACAGUUACUUGAAAUGGACGGGUGUGAGGCCAAGAAGAGGAUCAGAAGUAUGAAGUCAUGAGAUGAAAUAUGAACAGGAAAGAAAAUGAAGACUAAAAGUGAGCACCUUCUUGAUGGGUGAACUGGGCUAUGAGAUGACAAGUUCAACAGCUCAAAGAAUGGAACUUCUGAAUAAGAGACUGCUGACACACGGUGAACGAGGCCUGUCAGGGGUUGGUGAUCCCCUCUCUUUCCUCAUUCAGGCUCCAAAACUUGUCUUUUCCUGUUGCUGCUCUUCCUCACAACUCAUGCACUCCUUUGUGCCUUCAAGGGAUGGUCAGCUGUGGGCACUGCAAGAAACAGCAAGUGGUACUUCUGUGCUGAAAGGAGCAGUUGGGUCCAUCACAGA